CUCGUGUUCCUGCAGUCUGUUUCUUUCAAUAGUGCCCGUACGGUACCGUACCGUGCUCUUGUCGUCCGGCGUCUCUCUUGCCAAACACCAUGAUUCCAUCCAUGUUUUCUUGCUUGAAUUUCCUACUUACGUGUGGCACAUGCCGUGCAGUACUUKGUACGGUAUGGCGUCGCAUUACGAGCUCUGUGAUCGCCAACGCACGAACCAUCCAUCAACGGAUACAAAUCCAUCAAGAAUGCUUUUUAAAAAUUCUUUCGAAAGAGUACGAGUACGAGUACAAGUUACUGUUUAAUACUACUCGUAUCAUCCGAUGGAUGAGAACCGCCCUAGGUGUUUUCUCGCCGAUGCCUCGAUUUUCUGCAAACAUCCAAAAACAUAAUUCGAACCCAAUCGUCAACACCCCAGUUGAGGAAAUAAAAUACAAGAACAUUCUGCGCCGUGCAGCUAACAACAUUCGCGACCAUGAGACUCAUUCAAUCGUUGGCCUGCUGCCUUGCGUUCCUUUCCUCGGGUCCGCCGCACACACUCUUGUGGUGGACCGUUUCGCUGGCGGUGUCUGCUUCGUUUGCUUCCUCCACGCCUCAUCUCUGGACGAGUGAACACAGAAGGCACGCUAGCUCUUCCAAGAUGGUUCCAGGUGGGCAGGGGGCGUCGACGAGAGCGAUUGAUGCUCUUCGGACAAGAAAAAGGUGUCCACUGAGAGACAUUAACGACAACGACAACGACUGUGAAUGCGAAUGUGAACCCGUUUGGGAUAGAGACGAUGGAAAUUACGAUGGCGAUGGCAUCAGCAUCGGCAUCAACACCAACGACGAAGAUAAUUUCGAUGCAAGCUCGUCCUGCUGGUACCCGAUCAAUCGGUUCGCUCUGGAGAAGGACCACGAGCGACGAUCUGUGCGGGCCGCCGAAUAUGCACACGGCACGGCAGAUGCAAAGAUCGGGGGAGAGUCCACCGACCAAAUUCCUUCGAGUACUACCGGAGAGGGAAUCUUUGUGUAGCACGGCGGCAUCGCGUCUCUUUUUCAACAAGGCACGAGUCGAAGCAAUCUGUCGUACGUAGCAUCUGCUGAGCCUCGUUGCGCUGCACAGGGAACUAGCCACAUCGUGUUAGGUAGCUGGCCAGCCAGUCAUCGAAUCAGACCGCCAUAGCUCCAGAGUUCACGAUUCAAUUCUCUCUGGAAACUUGGGGAAACAAAACUUCUCCGACGUACCAUUCCGCCCAACCAACACAACUAUAUGCGCAAGACUACAGGCGAAGAAACACACACAGCCAUUCAAGAUAGAGGGACUCGAGUUCUGACGGAUGAAUUCUUGUCUCCUAGUUUGAUUCACUUUUCUCGACAGCAUCGCAAAACAUAGCUGUAGAAGCAAGUGAAUACGGAAUCGAGUGAAUCGAAUCGACGUCGUCGCAGUUGGGAAUAUUUCCGCAAUGCUAUCGCUUUGGUGUUGGAUGCAUGGCCUGCAACCCAUCACCGGAAAGCAACUCAUUUUAACUCAACGCAUAAGAGAAUGAGUUGAACACGAAAAGAAAAACAAAUUGCUGCCGACAAACACAUAGCCUGUCUGCACACUAGACAAUAAGCUAUGAUCAACCGAUCUAGAAAGAUGGAAUAGAGUCGAGUCCAGUUGAUUCCAUGCGAUUCCAAUGACCUAUUUGGAGGGGGGAAUCUAACCGAAUUUCGAAUUGACAACUAUGUUUAUAGUACAUUCCAAGAGCCAAUUUCGGGUUUUGGUUAUACUAAUGAUACAAUUAAUUACAUAGCAACACUUUAAUAACUCAGCACUAUGUUUAUUUCGUGGGAUUUCAUUGUUUCAUUUUCGUACCGGUUUGAUCGGAAAUGCAUGAUUCCUUUGGCAGCGAUGGCGACUAUUACUGUAGCUCCCGAUCAUUUGGUCGCUGUUCUUGGUCUUUGGAAUUGCGGACGACGACAACAACCCAUAGUUUGCGGUCCACCGCAGGUCUCGGUGGAAUGCCGUGUGCUGUUGUUCAAUAUCGUCGAUGCCACUUUCACGGUUGCGGUGGCCUUCGUCGUCGGUAGGAAAGGAGUGCGCCCUCCGCAUUCGCACAGCUUGCGUUUUGCAGCGACAACCGCGCCGGCGACGGACAAAAUCCACGUAGUCGUCCGUCGUGUACCACGAUCGUUGGCGUUCCUCGUUGGUGUAGCUUUUGUGGGCCGAAAUGGACAAAAUCCCAAUGCGGUUGCUGAAGCGAACGCUCUUGUUACUUUGUUGCUGUGUUGUGGCAAUCGGAGUGUUGUUUUCGGCAGCAAUUUUGUCUGCGGCGAACGAAUAUGAAUGCGAUGGAUGUUGCGUAAUUACAAGGUUUUGUUUGGCUUGUGAUACUGGUGUUGGUGCUUUUCGCUUGACCCCCAUCGUGCCUUCUUUUCGGUGGUGUCGCUGAUUAUGUAUUUGAGAAUAUCGAUCCUUAUGAUUGUGAGAAUCCGAUGUUGCUGCCGAUGAUACGCACAUAAUAGCUGGGUUGUGUGCAAUGAUCUGCAACAGGAGGUCACACGAACGAAUGAUGGUUGAUGCUUUAUGGCGUUGCGUGGGAUGUCACUUUGGUUGCAACAAUUGGGGUUUUGGAUGGUUUUGUAGGUAUUUGUUCUUGUUUUCUGUCGUGACAAAGUGAUAUGCAAGUGCCACACCUCAAUUUUGUGAUACCUGCAUCUCGGAGUGAACAAUCCACGAUUGAGAGCGGUGUUAGGGAAACACACUCCGAUUGCAACUAAGACAGGCACGUGCUACGAUUAAAAAAAUUCAGCGGGCUAUAAAUAGGCCUAAAUCUU